AUGGCUUUCUCUUUGCAAAUGACUUGUUCUUCUUCUUCUUAUUCCUCCUCUGUUCUCGGCCGUCGGAAAAAGGGGUCGUCGGUAAGAUUUCCUAGUUAUAAGAUUUCUGAUUCCCGUUCCUAUCCUCGUUCCACUUUGUCCUUUAGGUUGAACUCGGACAGCGUUCGUCCCAUGAUUUUGUCUUCGACUAGACCAUGUUUUUCUUCUUCUUCUUCAUCAUCUUCUUACUCUCCAGUGAUUUUGUCGGAACCAAAGUCUUCAUCUUUUUCAUCAUCUCCUUACCUGAUGCUGCCCCACGUAUUUGAAGCUGGCGCCACCACCACCAUGACUUACAAAUUCUACAGCCUGGCCGAAAACAAAGUCGUAACACUCGCCACCGAAUUCCCGGCGGGCAGCGACAUGAUGGUGUUGAGGGGUGACAAGUGGACUCUGCUUGGCGAUAUUCGGUUGAGCUAUUAUGGAUUGACCUGGUGGAAUUGGAGAUGGGAAGAGUGUAGUUAUACGGAUUGUGUCUACUCAUUUUCCGAACAGCAACAAUGUCAAGUAUUGUUUGCUCUCCCUGAUUGUGGUGAAGUGGAAUGUUGGGAUCUGCGGGACCCCUUGUCCCCGAGAUUGAUCAAGACUUACGAGAAAGAACCCCAGAAUCCGAUUGAAAAGUUGGAGCCUCCCGGAGCAGAAAUUUUUAAGGAGUAUGUGGUGAUUGCAGGGCAGGAUGUUCUGAUGGUGUCGCAAUACGGGGUGCAUACUUCAGGCCAUUUAAGAUUGAGCGAUGGUGAAACGAAUCCUGACUACAACUACAUGACUGUUGAUUUCGAUGUUCAUAGAUAUGAUCCUGAUGAUUUGGAUCAUCCAAAGUACGUGGAGGGCUCGUCCCUGGGUGGUUGGGCUAUUUUUGUUGGCCUCAGCAGCCACGGGGUUGCAUUGCCAGCGGCAGAGUUCCCAGAGCUGAAGCCAAACUCCAUUUACUUCACGGAUCCAACAGUGUUGACGCAAGUUGAGAAAUGCGUGUGUGGUGGCCAUGACAUUGGUAUAUUCAAUUAUGAGGAUAAGACUGUGUCACGGUGCUAUUAUCCGAGUGAUGUUAGAAAAAUCUUCCCGGGACCUAUGUGGUUCUUCCCCGACUCAAAAUUGAAUUAA